AUGGUUGUUCUUACGUACCGUUCGCCCGAGGGUGGCGGCCGCAGCCAGCGCAUCUACCUGCAGCUGUGGGACACGGCCGGCCAGGAGAAGUUCCGCAGCCUGACCACGGCCUUCUUUCGGGAUGCCAUGGGCUUCCUCGUGCUCUUCGACCUCACUAGCGAACAGUCCUUUCUCAGCAUCCGUUCGUGGCUCGAGCAGCUGCGCACGCACGCGUACUGCGAGAACCCGGACGUGGUUCUGUGCGGCAACAAGGCGGACUUGGAAGAAGGACGCGCCGUGACCGAGGAGCGAGCGAGGGCCGAGGCCGCCAAGCACGGCUUCCCGUACUUCGAGACGAGCGCCGCCACGGGACACAACGUGGGGCGCGCCGUGGACGCGCUGCUGGAGCUCGUCAUGCGACGAAUCCAGCAGACCGUCGACCGCGGAGGGCAGGCGCUGCCGCACCACACGGGCCCGCGCUCCCCGCUCAGCGACGGAGACCCCCUGCGAAGGGCCCCCGGAGAAGACCCGCUGCCGCCGACCCACAACGGCUGCACCUGCUAG